AUGGACAUCAACAGACUGUGGAUGCAUCAGAGCCAUGAACUCAGACAUGGGUCUCAGCAGCAGCCAGGUCCAAACAUCACCAUGGCCCUGGGUGGCAAUCAAGGUAACCCUAACUGCCAUUUGUUUGUCGUGGAUCUGACAUGCCGCCUGCAGAAACCUGCCAAGUAUGAUGACAUCAACAAGGUGGUGAAGCAGGCGUCAGAGGGCCCACUAAAGGGCAUCCUGGGCUACACUGAGGACCAGGUUGUCUCCUGCGACUUUAACAGUAACCCUCACUCUUCCACCUUCGAUGCUGGAGCUGGCAUUGCUCUCAAUAACAACGUUGUGAAGCUCAUUUCCUGGUACGACAAUGAAUUUGGCUACAGAAACAGGAUGGUGGACCUCAUAGCCUACAUGGCCUCCAAGGAGUAA